CUGCAGCGCGAGCUGCUGCAUACACUGUACUUACUGUCCUGCAAGCGCAUCUGCGCAAACACCGGCCAGCGGGGUAUUCACGACGCGCGCUGCGCACUUCUGCACCGAGACAACCUGCAGCACGUAUAGGGGCAACCGCUGUCACGGCGAGAGGACUUUAUCCUGGAAAACAGCCCCAUAAUGACAGCUGAAGAGCUGAAGACAGAGGGACCUCAGGCUGCUGACAUGGGAGGAAUAGAUAUCACCCCCAAGGGGGAUCAGGGGGUGCUCAAAGUAAUAAAGAAGGAAGGGACGGGAGACGAGUAUCCUAUGAUCGGGGAUAAAGUCAGCGUUCAUUACACAGGCUGGCUGCAGGAUGGGACGGUGUUUGAUUCAAGCAGAGAACGGAAGGACAAGUUUACCUUCGACCUGGGGAAAGGUCAGGUUAUUAGAGCAUGGGACAUUGCUGUGGCAACCAUGAAAAUUGGAGAGACUUGCCAAAUUACUUGCAAGCCGGAGUAUGCGUAUGGCGCUCCAGGAAGCCCCCCAAAAAUCCCCCCCAAUGCAGUGCUGAUCUUCGAGAUUGAGCUCUUUGACUUCCAAGGCGAGGACCUCUCAACAGAGGAAGAUGGCGGGAUCAUCCGUAGAAUUAGAGUCAAAGGGGAAGGCUACUCCAAGCCCAACGAAGGAGCUGUAGUUGAAUUGGUGCUCAGGGGCUCUCACAAUGGACGUGUAUUCGACGAGCGGGAGUUACAGUUUGAGGUGGGUGAGGGAGAGAGUCUUGGAGUUCCCCAAGGAGUGGAGACAGCAGUUCAGCAAAUGGAAAAAGGCGAAGAGGCCAUACUGUAUCUGAAACCGAAAUAUGGAUUUGGCAGCGUUGGAUACGAUCAGUUCCAGAUACCACCUGAUGCCAACCUUCAGUAUGAAAUAAAGCUGAAGAGCUUUGAAAAGGCCAAGGAAUCUUGGGAGAUGAACACGGACGAGAAGCUGGAGCAGGGAGCCCUGGUGAAGGAUCGAGGUACUCAGUAUUUCAAGGGGGGUCGGUACCGCCAGGCCAUUAUUCAGUACAAGAAGAUCAUCACGUGGCUGGAACACGAAUCCGGACUCUCAGAAGAGCAGAAGGGCAAAUCCAAAGCUCUUCUUCAGGCGGCAUCCCUCAACCUCGCGGCGUGUUACCUUAAACUGGGGGAGCACCGAGGGGCCCUGGAGCACUGCAACAAGGCUCUAGAGAUGGACCCCAACAAUGAAAAGGGUCUAUUCCGCCGCGGCGAGGCUUACAUGGGGAUAAAUGAGUUUGAGCUUGCGAGGGAUGACUUCACUAAAGUGUUGCAGCUAUAUCCCAACAACAAGGCAGCGCGGGCCCAACUUGGGCAAUGUCAGGCUCGCAUUCGCCAGCAGCACCAACGGGAGAAGAAGAUCUAUGCCAACAUGUUCCAAAGGCUGGCGGAAAAAGAAGAGAAGGAGGCGAGCCCAAGACCUGCAGCAGAACAACCGACUUCUGAUGUCGAGAUGAGCGAAGCGACAGAACCUGCCACCGAGACGGCGCACAACGGAGCAGAAGAGAGCAUGACGGCUGAAGCAUAAAAA